UCUGAAUGCUGAGUCUUCUUAUGACUCACUCUUCCUUCCUGUUUCUUCUUGGAGGCGGGUGCUUUUUUUGUCAGCCUUAUAAACCCACAGUUGUGGAGUGGAAGUCUUUUUUUUCCUUCCCAAAAUACAGACAAACUAUGCUUCUCUGAAGAGUGGAACUAUUUCUAACAGCAUGGAACUACAGAGUGAAGUUGUGUUGGAUCAGUGAUUGAGUUCUUAGGAUUACCGACAUCACUGGAUUUUUUUUUAUCCUUUUACUUCUUUUUCUUUUUUUGGUCAAACUCUUUCAUGCUCCUUCAUUUGUUUUGUCUAGUCUUUCCCUCCUCCUCCUCCUCCUCCUCUCUGUGGCUUGGCUUGCCGGAGCCGUAUCCUGUGCAGUAAUCCAUUCCAGUGCUUGGGGGCAGCCUCCACAGUGUGCACUAUUGUGUACGGCUGAAAAAAGGAGGGGGGAGAGAGAAGGAACCCUGGCCCUUUGUGUGUUAAGGACUCAGCAGGAAGGUGAUUUUGCAAUUACUUCAGCUUGCCAGCAGAGCAGGCUCUCUCCGAUCCACAUGCACACCACUGUCCAGUCUGCGAGCCACAGCCUCAGCUAGAACUACAUACAGGGAGUGCGUGUGUAUGUGUGCGUGUAUGUGUGUCAGCGGGUGUGAGACUGAGUGUGUGCGUGUGCUCCAAGUGGCCAACAGCUAUGCCGGGCUUCUCCUUCUGAUGAUGAGAGCAGACGUCAGACUGGCCCAUGAAUAUUGAUGUGGAGGAUAGUCUGUUUCAUAGAAGAACAGGAGGAAGCAAGAUGGCUGCCCUUUAGGAUUUGUUAAAGAGGAGAGCCAGACGGUUUGCUGGAAUUCUACAGAGUGGAGGGACGUAAAGCGAGGACGCAAAAAGGGCAGCCUCGUGGAUGGACCCAGAGCAGACCAGAUGGAAACAGAAAAGGCCAGUCAUGAGGCGGAAGAAAGUCUGAGUAUAGCACCGUUUGGCGUUACACACCCCCAGACAGACAAACUGCAGAAUGGGAGCCCCUCGCCCGACGUGGGCCCUCCACACCAACUCAAUGGGGACGCUGCCUGGGGUCACUUCAAGCCCACCAACGGCAGUGGCCUGGGAGUCAACCCAAUGAAGAGACAUCGGGAAAACUGUUCCAGCCCUGUCACCAUGCAGAGCCUGUCUGACCAGACAGGAGUGUAUGCCAUGAAUGGAGAGAUUAAGCACAGUCUGAGCGAGCAGCCGCAGCUAGGGCCGCACCAACCCAAGAGGCCUCGAGCGGUCGAGCUGCAGGUCAACGGCAACGACGAGAUGAAAGCAUGGCAGAGGACAGAGUCUGGUAGAGCCGAGUCAGGUGACUACGAGGGCAACAAUGCUGUGCAGGACGGUAAACUGGAUAGCAAAAGACAUUUUAACCUCUCCAAUGGGGACAUCUUCUCGAGGAGUAAAUCGGUGCCAAUUUCUAAUGGUGCUAUAGAGAACCCAUCCUCCAUGGUGGGUUCAACCGGUGACCUCUUAGAGAAAACCCUCUCUCAGUAUUACCCUGAGCAGGUAUCCAUCGCCCCGCAGACUGGCCAGUCGCAGGCAGAGAGAGAAGUCCACUCUGGGGACGGCAGCGAGAGGCCUGAACAGAAUACCCAGUCGCCUUCUCUCACCUCAGGUUUCCCCAUUUCAUCAUCCCAGAUGCCUGUCUCUGAGCAGCAGGCCAGGAUCUCCCCAGAGCUGCAUGAUGGCAACGGUGGCUAUAACACCCAGUUCAUGGUGAAUGGAUUUUCCAGCAGCUUUGGAGGAGAACACCACCAGCACCCUCAGCACCCUCAGCAGCAGCAGCAGCAGCAGCAGCAGCAGCAGCAGCCUCUCCCAGACAUCACUGACCUGGAAGAAGCUCACACGCUGGACCAGGCACCUGGAAUGGUUACACCACAACGGGUCAGCCCUGGUUCUCAGGCCCAAAAUGGCUCUGAGUGCUUCCCCAGUAACCCAGAGGGCCCAAGCAUUUUUUCCAAAUCCAACACAGAGUUCAAGCAGGGCCCCUACCUCCCUUCAUUAGACUCAAACACUCCUCUUCACACAAACAAGGGCGGUGGAUUUAGGCCCUUCAGUAGCUCAGGGGGGCCCCCAAGCACUACCAAGCAGUAUGGUGCCCAGCAGCAGCAGCAGAAGCCUAGCCUCCCUUGCCCAGCUGAGCAUUCCACCCUGCAGGGCACUUCUGGAAUCCCCUCGCCUGGGAUGAGUAACGAUAGGGAGCCUGAGCCACAGGCUGGUCCCACACCGAUGCAGGGGCAACGUGGUAAGCUGGAGAGUGAGCUGUCACUCAGCCACACACAGGGAAUGUCGCAGAGAGCUGAAGCCUGCUCCCAGAUAGGCUGGAUCGACCUCAACUCCCAGGCCUCUACACAGUCUGCUGGCAUGCCAACCAUGUGGGGGGGCUUCUCCCCUCAACCCUCGGUGGACCAGCAUCCACCACCUUCUCAGCAGAACCAGGGGCAAUCACAUGACCCCAGUUCCACACAGGGCUUCCUAGCACAGGGCUUUAAUGCGUCUGGCUACCAGAAGCAGCAACAGGACUGUCAGACACAUGACUGGCAGCAAAGGGGCUCUAAACCCUCACCCACAGGGCCUCUGCCAGGGCCACCCAAACUUCAGCACAUGCCCCAGCAGUGUAGCCUUCCACCACAGCAGGCAGACAACCAGUUUUGCGCUCAGCAAGAGCACUUAUGCAAAGACCAAGACCUAGAACAGAUACUGUCACCCAAUUUCAUGCCUCCUCACCAGCAACCAUUACUCCCUCCUCACCCACAGCAUGAGGGUCACCAGGCAACUAACGCACUUCAGCGCCAGCGCUCUCAGGACAGCCCCUCGAACACAACACCCCAGCCUUCAGACUCUUCACAGGGCCCUCUGGACCCUGAGCUCUUAAACCGCCUCAAGAUGGAAAACUACAUGAGGUCAGAGAAGCAACAACAGCAACUGAACUCUCCAACAUACAGAUCUCAACCAGGGCCAUCUCCACAGCCCAUAUCCAGCCCAUCUCACAGACCCAAAACACAGCUUCAACAGAACGACCAGGCCAUGUUUGGGUUUGGCAAUGCAGAGGGGCCUGGUAUGCAGGAUAACUUCAAAUUCAGCAAAGCAAUGGAGAUGCAAAAGCAGCAGCAACAGCAGCAGCAGCAGCAGCAGAGGCAGUACAGCCCAAGUCCCAGUGCGCAGAAGCAAUACCUUCCACAACAACCUCACAGUCACCACAGCAGGAUGCCCAACCACAUGAACUUCUCCCAGCCUCCGUCAAACCAGAUGCCACAGCAGGCACCAGGCCAGAUGUACCCCAAGUUAGAACACCCAGAGCCCUGUGCCCAAUACCAGCGUGGCACCAUACCCAGCCCGGGGCUUCAGGGGGAUUUCCAGAGGCACGCUGCCCUGCGGAUGCACCUUCUGCAAAAGCAGGAGAGGCACGGUGUCCCACAAUGCCCCAGUGACAUCCACCAUGGCCUGCGGAACAUCAAGCAGGAGAACGGCCCCAGAUUUGAGGGCCCUUUUGUGCCGCCUCAUCAGCAGGGCAGGGACCCCGUACCCAACGGUAGUGGGCCAGCAGUGGUGAAGCAGGAGCGGCCAUCCUCCGCCUGCGAGCAGAGCCAGCAGCAGAGCCAGCAUGAGAGGAGCAUCCUUGCCACGAUGGAGCAGCAGCUCCGUCAGUACGAGCUCGCACCCGUGUUUGAGAGGAAGUCACUGGUGGUUAAUUCGCCCAAUAAGGUAAAGGUGGAGAUAGCAGGCGGGGUGACAGUGCUCUCAACAAACGUCGGAAUGUGUGAUGGGGCGGAUGGGAAGCCACCUGAAGUCAUCCUGAAGAAGGAGCCUGGUCUACAAAGCUUUUUGGAGUCUCCCAUGAAGCUCUUGAACACACCCAUAAAGAACCUCUUGGACACGCCUGGGAAGACACAGUUUGAAAUUCCACCUUGCCAUUGUCUUGAACAAAUCAGUGAGAAGGAUGAAGGCCCAUAUUACACCCAUCUGGGGGCAGCUUCCAGUAUCCCAGGGAUCCGUGAAAUGAUGGAGAAUAGAUCCGGUAUGACUGGCAGUGCCAUUCGGAUUGAAAAGGUUGUGUAUACAGGCAAGGAGGGGAAGAGCACACAAGGAUGCCCUAUUGCCAAAUGGGUUAUUAGACGAGCCAGCGUGGAUGAGAAGCUCCUAGUGCUGGUGCGUGAACGUCCAGCUCACAAGUGUGAGUCGUCCUGCAUCAUAGUAGUGAUACUGAUCUGGGAUGGCAUAUCUAUCAGCCUGGCCGACCGCUUGUACAAUGAGCUCAGCGAAACACUGACGAAGCACGGUGCCCUCACCAACCGCAGAUGUGCCCUCAACGAGGAGAGAACAUGUGCUUGUCAAGGUCUUGAAUCGGAGGACUGUGGAGCUUCCUUCUCUUUCGGCUGUUCCUGGAGCAUGUACUAUAAUGGCUGUAAAUUUGCCCGGAGUAAAAUACCUCGCAAAUUCAAGCUUCUCGGGGAUGAUCCCAAAGAGGAGGAAAGGUUGGAGCACAACCUCCAGAAUCUGGCAACAGUAAUGGCCCCGGUGUAUAAAGAAAUGGCACCAGAUGCCUAUAGCAACCAGGUGGAGCAUGAGAACCGGGCUCCAGACUGCCGGCUAGGGCGGAAAGAGGGCAGACCAUUCUCUGGGGUCACUGCCUGCCUGGACUUCUGUGCCCAUGCCCACAGAGAUCUACACAACAUGAUAGGAGGCAGCACUGUGGUGUGUACACUGACAAGAGAGGACAAUCGUGAGAUCGGGAAAAUCCCUGAGGACGAACAGUUGCACGUGCUGCCGCUGUACAAAGCCUCCUCCACCGAUGAGUUUGGCAGUGAAGAGGCCCAGCUGGAGAAGACCCGCACCGGUGCCAUCCAGGUGCUCAGCAAUUUCCGCCGGCAAGUGCGCAUGCUUGCUGAGCCUGCCAAGUCCUGCCGGCAGAAGAAACUGGAUGCCAAGAGAGCUUCGGCUAAUAGAUUGGCUGGCAACCCUGACACACCUAACUCCAAGGCAGACAAGACCGCUCAAGCAAAGAAACAGAGCACUUAUGAGAAUACAACGGGCCACCCCGCACACAUACCAGGUGUCCUUGGUGCGCCCCUCCACCACGGGCAGCAGCCAUGCCACCUAGGGUCCCCUCUUCAGCACCAGCAGCUGCAGCAGCAGGCGGCCUCACACCUUUUCCCUGGCUCUCCCCACCCCGCAGGAUACCCCAGGUUCCCCGGCUCACCCAGUCCCUUUCCCAGCACUUCAAAGCCGGGUAGCUUGUACCCGCAGUCACCCGUCUCAGCAAGUCCCUACCCCUCGCCUCUACAUGUACCAAAUUCUUACAUGAAUGGCGGAAAUCCAGCCAGUCCCUAUCCCAGCGCUCUUACGCCCAGUAACCUCUACCCAGGAUACCAGUGCAAUGGAGGAAUGGCCAUGGACAAUUACCAUCCCUACUACUCCAGCAGUCCAAAGCACCUGGAGAUGUACAGGCAGCAGAGGCCCCCCAUGUACGCUGACCAGCAGUACGGGGGUCAUCAGCGUUAUGGGGUCAACUAUCCGCCACGCUACGGUGAGCCAGGCCUGCAAGUCAAUGGCUUUGCCAACUGCGCUGGGAGGCCUGGGGUUCACCCAGGGGGGCCAUACUCCCCUUACCCUCCCAAUGGGGGUCCUGAUGCCCAGUUUUUGGAGGCCAUUUCCCGGCCUCCUUCAUCCCAUCCAAGUUUGGACUAUGCAUCUGUGAGCAAAGGCAAUCAGUUCGGUGGGUACCCCGGCUCAUACCUGCCACAGAAUGCUCAGAUGUAUGCCCCUGGCCUGGACCCCUUGCGUAUGCAACCCAAGGCUGACAUGAGCAGCUUGCAUGGAGCCAACGGGAUGCCUCAGGGGCUUCCGCCUCUCGGGGGCGAAUGCCUGACGCCCGGUGGCCAACCUCCAUUUGGGAUGCCCAACGGCAGUAUGCGGAGCCCACUGAUCAAGCAGGAACCCAACACUCAGAUACCCACCACACCAAAGGCGAAACCUGACGUGUGGUCAGACAAUGAACACAACUUUCUGGACCCUGAUAUUGGUGGGGUCGCGGUUGCACCUAGCCACGGCUCCAUCCUCAUCGAGUGCGCCAAGAGGGAGCUGCAUGCGACCACGCCGCUCAAACAGCCCAACCGCACCCACCCCACGCGCAUCUCGCUGGUCUUCUACCAGCACAAGAACAUGAACGAGGCUAAACACGGGCUGUCUCUCUGGGAGGCCAAGUUAGCAGAGAAGGCGCGGGAGAAGGAGGAGGAAACGGAGCGCAACGGCGGCGUCGAGACCCCACCGAGCAAGAGCAACAAAAAGGUGAAGCGUGAGCCGGUGGAGCACCCGGAAUCAUACGAGCCCCCUUACAAGCGUUUCAUCCAGAACCUGACGGAGCGAUCCAUGUCCUCCACCACCAACACAUACGUAGGCACGUCGCCUUACGCCUUCACCAAGGUCACAGGGCCAUACAACUGCUUUAUGUAGGCUAGGGCUGCAGUAUCCACACGCAGAAACACUCCCUCAUCAAUGGUGCUGGAAAGGGUGCUACUGUAGUGACCUUGAAAAUGACCUUGGUGCUGCCGCCUAGGUGCUUUUUGGUAGUUCUCUCUCUCUCUCUCUCUCUCUCUCUCUCUGGGAUAUGUGAGUGACUUGACACCCAGGAGCAACACAGCACAUCAUCAGAACCGAUGGAGCUAACUUAGAGAUCCACUGAAGAGAUAGUCACGUAUCAGGCCGUGUCACCCCUCCAGAGAUCAAGCUUUACUGACUAACCCUAAGGAGGUAUUUAUUUAAUGUUAGGUUACUUUUUACAGGAAUCACACUGUUCUACUUCUCUGGUGCUUCUUUAUGUCCAACACAUCAGGACAAAUAUUACUGGAAACAAAGUUUCAUUUUGGUGGCUUUACAUUUUUGAAUCGAAAGGAAUUAUCUCUGAAUAGAGAUAUGAUCUUCAUAGAAAACACUGAUCACAUUCUCGGUGCUACAGGUAAAAGGUGUCUCGUGUUAAAAUGCCUUCAUAGUCAAAUUGGUGUGUACACGCUGUCUCUCAAAGGCUACUAAACAGUUAUUUUAUGAUUCAUUGGUGGUUAGAAUAUUCUUCACAAAAAAUGUAUUAAACAAAUGUUUUACAGUGCUUUUGAUAUUGAAGGUUUGGGGGUUUAAACCUUCAAAUUGGGCUGUGGAUUUUGAAAAGGUUUAUUGCCUUUUUACUUAAAAAGGUUCAUUUUAUUUCCUGAAUAAUUGAAUACCAUGGAUGGAAUUAGCCUGCUAUACACAAAGGAAUCAUCAUGCAAGAUGAAAUUUGUCUGGUGCUUCUUUUGCAGGUUUCACAAAUCCUUUCUAUGAACCAUUCAAAAGGUGCAUUUUAUACAACAGUAAUAUUUUUAUUCAGAAGAAAUACAUCCGCCAGGAGGUUUGUUUGUUUCCUUAAGGGUAACAUUUUGGUCAGAAAUGCUAGUUCUAGGCAGCAGCCCACAGAACAGACCUGGAGUCGGGGUGUUUCAUUCAUGCUCAUUUUAGUCAUGUGACUGUUGUGUUGAUGAUCACGUUCCUCACAGCAUGCGGGUGAAGCUCAAGGAACAGGGUUGGGUCUAUGUUAGCGUCACGGUUUCUAAGGCAGCUGGCUUGCUGUGGGGUCCUCAAAUAAUAAUUGUAAUCUAGAUGUAUGAUUCAAAAGUUGAUAUUUGUACAGUAAAUUAAUUCUCUUCUCUGGAAUCUAGGCUUUAGAUUUUAGUACUGUAAAAAGGUAAUAUUUCUUGUUUGGGUUUCAACUGAGUUUUAUUUCAAAUGGUGCUACUCGACCUGCUAUAAACAUAUAAUGUGAGAAUCUUUAUUGGGGCAGUUAGAAGGCUUAUGAAUGAUGUACAGUACCUACUUGUCAUAUACCUCAGAACUAGUUUGGCAAUAGGAUUAUGAUACAAAGGCUUUUUAUUAUUUCUCUCUCUCUCUCAGUCUUUUUCUUAUGGCUUCACAGCACUUCACAUUUAAACAGUUACAGUUACAUUCACAGUUACAGAUACCAGUCUCACAAAACCUUUAGGCCAAGGCAAGGCUAAGUUCAUUACCUACUUUUUUUUUUCAUACUUCACCUAUAAGAAAGUAUUAGUUGAACUUCAAGCUUUGAUGUAAUAGCAAAAUCAGGGAUACUUCAGCUCAUUUCUGUGCAUCACAACAUAAACAUUACCUGUGUCAUUUAUGUUGUUUCCUCUCCUUCAGGGAUUGGCCUUUGCAUCAUGAAUCCCCAAGAAUUUAUUUGUACAUACUAUAAAACACACAAAAGUAACUUUGUAAGAAACAUUGAAAUUACCUGCAUUUUUGUACUUAUGUUUUAGUAGAUUGUCGGUUAACUUUUAAAAAUUAAUUUGAUGGUAUGAUAAUAUGCACUGAGUUGAUUAAAGGGAAAGUAUGGCAUUGACUAAAUAAUUAGUGAAGCACUCGCGUUCUACUAAAGAAAAAAAGAGAAAAAAAAAGUAAAGCCAGGGCAGUUAUGACCAUAGAUGCACAUUUGCGUGCUUGUGUAUAGCUAAAGUAAAAUUUAUUUAUGACCACUAAACAUUUAUAUAAUACUUUUUCUCCCUCUCUUCCAUUCAAUUCAAUGUGAUAUUUGGUGGGGUGAGUUAUGUGUAAGACAUUUCCCCCAUUCUAACUUGUAUAAUAAUUUUCUGGAAGCACUUCAAUUCUUUUUCAGUGUGAAUGAAAUUUAAUGAAAUUAAAGAUUACAAACACUUAUUUAAAAGGUAGAUUGUAAAUGUGCUGUACAUACCAUGUGUUUGUAUCACAGAAGAUUCUUUCUUUUUGUCAUUUUAAACCCCUGUCGUCACAUCAAAAUGUGUAUGAUCUGUAGUGUACCAGAUGUACCUAUGGCCCAUGUUUCAUAAAACAAUCAUUGUUUUGUCUCUCUCAGUCAAUCUGUGGAUAGUUUUGGUCUUUCACACAAACCCUGAUCAGUUGACCAAGGGCGCUGAUAGACGCCACAACUUACUGUCAAACAGCAGCUACCUUUACAGUACCCACAGCAGAUACUUGCUAGCUACAAGUCAACUAGACAGAAUGAAUAGUAAGAGAGUAUUCCAGUUUUUUGUGUAAAGUGAAAAACUGAUGUUAAAUUUCGGUGUACAGGACCCAGCUUCAGUAGCAGAUUGUGGAGGAGAGGGGGAGGAGUGAUUAGGAUAUAGCGGGUGACAAGCAUAGCCAUACUUGAAGAAGCUUAUGAGUUUUUCUGAGUGGUGUCAACAUUACUUGAAUGACUUUAUGAGUUUGACUAAUGCACAAGGGUGCACAGCUCCAACAUUAAGCUAGCAGUUCAUGUACACGUGUUGGUAUUUUGCAGUUAGACACUAAAGGUUAAACAUAUAUUCUGCCUGUCCUUUUUUUUUUUUUUUUUUUUUUUU